AAGAGACGAACGUGCCGUUACCAAUGUAAGCGACGACAGCGCAGCGGCGAUGCAGAAGGUGUUCUCUUUAAUGAUACCGCAAUCAGAUCCAGCGCAGCUCACGGGAUAUUAACAUCACAGCGUCCGCUUCACAGAUCCACGACAGGGGGUGAACAUCAAACGGGAUUAAAGACAGGCGCAUCUCCAGCGGCAAACAUCAGCGGCGGCGCGCCCGAGUUUUCCCCGGUGGGCAUGGUUUUGGAGGGAAGCACGGAGGCCCUCUGUCCCCCCUCAUCUCUGGAGCUGCGCCCCUCCUGCAAUAAGAGCCAGCCCUCCACCCCGCUGGGGCCAGGCUGCCAGCCCCAGGAAGGCCUCUGCCCGGGGGACCCGGAGCCCGUCGUGUACGGGGAGCUGAUUGUGUUGGGGUACAACGGCUCGCUGGCCAAUGGGGACAAGGGUCGCAGGAGGAGUCGUCUGGCCCUGCACAAAAGGCCCAAAGCCAAUGGAGUCAAGCCUGACGUCAUCCACAAUAUCUCCACCCCCCUGGUGUCAAAGGCCCUCAGCAACAAAAGCCAGCACAGCAUCUCCUACACCCUAUCCAGGAGCCACUCCGUCAUAGUGGAGUACACACAUGACUCCAACACAGACAUGUUCCAGAUCGGCCGCUCCACAGAGAGCAUGAUCGACUUUGUGGUGACGGACACGUCCCCCAGCGGCCAGGGGCACGGGGGCGGGGGCGAGGGGGGGCAGUCGGCCCAGAGCACCAUCUCCCGCUAUGCCUGUCGCAUCCUGUGUGACCGCGGCCCGCCCUACACCGCCCGGAUCUACGCCGCCGGCUUCGACUCCUCCAAAAACAUCUUCCUGGGGGAGAGGGCAGCCAAAUGGCGGACGUCGGACGGCUUGAUGGACGGGCUGACCACCAACGGGGUGCUGGUGAUGCACCCGGCGGGGGAGUUUGUGGCGGAGCCUGCACCGGGGCUGUGGCGGGAGAUUUCGGUGUGCGGGAACGUGUACGCCCUGCGGGAGACGCGCUCGGCCCAGCAGCGGGGAAAACUGGUGGAGAACGAGUCGAACGCGCUGCAGGACGGCUCUCUGAUCGACCUGUGCGGGGCGACGCUGCUCUGGCGCACGCCGGCGGGGCUGAGACGCACCCCGACGCUGAAGCAGCUGGAGUCGCUGCGUCAGGAGCUGAACGCGGCCCGGCCGCAGUGCCCCGUGGGCUUCAACACGCUGGCCUUCCCCAGCCUGGCGCAGCGCGAGAUCGUCGACAAGAAGCAGCCCUGGGUCUACGUCAACUGCGGCCACGUGCACGGCUACCACAACUGGGGCUUCCGGCGGGAGAAGGGCCCCGGGGCCCCGGGCGGCAUGGGCACGUCGCCGGCAGCGACCGGCGAGAGGGAGUGCCCUAUGUGCCGGCGGGUGGGGCCCUAUGUGCCCCUCUGGCUGGGCUGCGAGGGGGGGCUGUACCUGGACGCGGGCCCGCCCACCCACGCCUUCUGCCCCUGCGGCCACGUGUGCUCGGAAAAGACAGUGAGGGGGUGGAGCCAGAUCCCGCUGCCACACGGCACCCACGCCUUCCACGCCGCCUGCCCCUUCUGCGGCACCUGGCUGACCGGAGAGCAGGGCCACGUCAAACUCAUCUUCCAGGGGCCGCUCGACUGA